UUUGCGGUUAAGACUCUGAGGUCCGCGGAAGACCCGAAUUAAAGGUUUCGCUGAUUAGGUUCGUUUGAAGCCGAGGAAAAUGGCAAAGUGAUGAAGAAGAAACCGAGGAGUUAGAGAAGGACAGUGUGUUCAGAUUGUUGAAAGCUAAGAAUUAGAGUUAAAUCGAAAUAGAAAUCCUGCUAAUAGCACCUGAUUUUCUCACUUGAUGAGACCGAGCGGUUUGUAGUGCGAUAUUUUUGGGUUACGUCAGGGCAAGUGGUGCUAAUUUAGACCAGUGGCAGGAAAAAAAAAUCCCCUAAACGGCUUAGAACAAUGCCUGAAAUCCAAACACUCUUAGGCGUUUCAGUUCUUUCCUUUCUAGAGACUGCCUAUUAAAACAUAUUCUUGGCUGGAAUGGUUGUAUAUGAAAGUCCAUAAGUAAUUAUUAAGCACUUGCUGUAUUUACCUCGUUUAGCUCUAAGGAGUAUGGAGCAUUGUUAAAAGGCUUAUGUCUUCCAAAUACUUGAAUUUUAUUUAGGAAGUCUUCAAGGGCUUUUACAGUAAUAUCAGAAACAAUCCCAAUUUACUUGCUGGGCUGUGUAAAAAACAUAGGCUAAUUGAAAGUCAAAACACAUUCAGUGUAGAAAGGAUUUUAUAACUGCUGUGGUGGGGAGGGAAGGGACACAUGAGCAAAGUCUUGAAGUACAGAAAUUGCAUGGUAUAUAUAUUAGACACUAUGAAAAGUUUGAUUUUAUCAGUAAUUUUUCAUUUGAGGAGUGUGAAAGUUCCUGAAGGGCUUUGAAGGAUUCGUUCUAAAAUUAUUUCAUCUGUGUUCUAAAAUUGGGCUUAGGCUGGGAGAAAUACAAUUGAGCAAAUCUCCAUUAAGGAACAAUGGAUGACUCAAGUAAGCCAUCAAAGGAGCAAUUUUGAGCUGGAAAGAAAAGGACUGUAAAAAUAGAGCAAAUAGAAAUUUGUAUUAUAAUUUUAUCAGCUUCAAAACCGUGCUAUUCAGAAGGAGUAAAUCUGAUGGGAAGGCAGUUAGUUGUUUCUGCUCACGGACAUCUAGAGAAUAGAAAAAAAAGUUUGAUAUGACUGUAACUCUUAAAUGCAGUGCCCUAAAGUCUUACAUUUGGUGCUUUUGUGAUACAGAAGCUAUUGAGAACUUUCUCCCAGUGUUGGGGCUUUGUAAGGUCAUUACUAGAAUCCUAACUGGUGGGCAAAAUUUAAACCAGCUUAGUUAACUUGUGGGUGAAAUUAAACCAGCUUGUUAUUGGCUCUUGAAAAAAUAUCAAAAUGCUUCCUUUCCUAGGGAGAAGAUAAUAAGGUAGCCAUAGGGCAUAGUUUUCUGGUGGUGGGGUUACAAGGAACUAGGAGUCAAGGUAAAAGGCUGCAUGUUGGUUUCGAUUUCAUUUCCUCUUUAUUUCAUACGACAUCUAAGUGCAUCUGAAUCUUCUCCAAGCUCACAGUGCUAGGCAAGGUGGUUUUUCCUUAGCAGAAGUGCAGGUGUUCUUCAAAGUGAGAUACUGACAUCAGCAGCAUCAAAAUCACCUGGAUCCAAGACGCCAGCAGCUAAACUGCGGAAAGAUGUUUGGACCGCGCGCGGAGGCCGAGGAGAAGGCAGGCUCCAGACAGCGGCUGCAGGUGAAUGUGAAUGAAUAUAAGGAAAACCAAAACAUCGCUUAUGUAUCUCUGAGACCGGUACAAACUACAGUUUUAGGAAAAACAGCUAAGGUGUAUCUUGUCCCCUUUUCACUCAGUAACUACAAGCCGGACCAAUUUACGCGCCCCAAAUCCCUAUUAGAUAAGAAUUCUAACAAUGAAGUGGCAUGUAAGAAAUGUAAGAAGGCUGAAAUAGAGAAAACCUGCAGAAAGAUUCUAACUCCAAAGAUGGAAGCCACAUCUUCCAAGGCAGAAUCCACUUUGCAAAAAUCAUCCUUAGAUGUUUAUGCUGAAAGUAACAAGUGGCAAUGCAAGAGCACUUCAGAUGCAGUGAUUCUCAGUGCUGAUGCGGAAAGCAGUCAGGAUGGAGACAGUGAUGAAGAUACCACACCAGGCCUGGAUGAUUUUUCAGGAUUGUCACCAUAUGAAAGGAAGAGACUGAAGAACAUAUCAGAAAAUGCAAACUUUUUUGCUUCUCUUCAGUUAUCUGAGUCAGCUGCACGGCUCCGUGAAAUGAUCAAGAAGAGGCAGCCUUCUGAAUCCAAAAGAAAGAAGCCUAAGAAGAAAGAAAAUGGGACUGGAUGUAGAAGGUCAAUGCGAUUACUAAAAGUUGAUCCUUCAGGAGUUCCAUUACCAGCAACUCCAACCCAGCCAAUAUUAGUAGCUGAUGAAAAUCCUUUGUUACCUCCUGGGCCUUUAGAAAUGACUCCUGAAAAUCGAGAUAUUAACAGUGAAAUAUUUAAAGGAUUUCUACAGACUUGGGCAGAAGUGAGCAAGACAGGUAGUAAAAACAAAGAGAAGGCGUUAUCUAGCAUUAAAAGCUACAAAGCCAAUUUAAAUGGCAUGGUCAUUAGUGAAGAUACUGUUUGUAAAGUUACCAAAGGCUCAAUAUCCUCAAUGGCUCUUCAUCCAUCAGAAAUUAAAACUUUGGUGGCAGCUGGGGCCAAAUCUGGGCAAGUUGGACUUUGGGAUUUGGUGUAUAGAGGUGAAGGAAGUAGCUUUUCCUCUUUUGACUUCUUGGCAGAAGAUGCCUCUACUUUAAUAGUAGGUCACUGGGAUGGAAGUAUGUCUCUAGUGGAUAGACGGACGCCUGGAACUUCUUAUGAGAAACUUAUCAAUUCUUCUUUGAGCAAAAUAAGAACUGUUCAUGUCCACCCAGUGCAUAGACAGUAUUUUAUCACUGCGGGAUUAAGGGAUAUUCAUAUUUAUGAUGCAAGGCGCCUGAAUCCCAGUAGAAGCCAGCCUUUGAUCUCUUUGACUGAACACACAAAAAGCAUUGCUUCUGCCUAUUUUUCACCUCUUACUGGUAACAGAGUAGUAACCACAUGUGCGGAUUGUAAGCUAAGAAUCUUUGACAGCAGCUGUAUAUCUUCAAAGAUUCCUCUUCUCACCACCAUCAGGCACAACACCAUCACUGGGCGAUGGUUGACCAGGUUCCAAGCUGUGUGGGACCCUAAACAAGAAGACUGUGUCAUAGUUGGCAGCAUGGCCCAUCCACGGCGAGUGGAAAUCUUCCAUGAGACAGGAAAGUCAGUGCAUUCUUUCCUUGGUGAAAGCCUUGCGUCUGUAUGCUCUAUCAAUGCUAUGCACCCAACUCGGUAUAUUUUGGCUGGAGGUAAUUCCAGUGGGAGGAUACAUGUUUUUAUGAAUUAAGUAAGUUGCAGAGUUACUUAAUUGGUUUGGCAACAGCAAUUUGUACAAAUUAAUCAUUGUCUAAGGAGCCCACUAAUUCAUAUGGCUAAGCCUGUUUACUUGGUAAUAUGUUCUGUUUAGCAACUAUAAAAUUGCUUAGUUAAUAAGAACCAUGAGCAGAAUGUACUUUUAGUAAGGGAGAAGCCUUAUAUGCUGCUUCUACAGGGUGGGGAGGGAAUUUGAGGGGAGUCUGUGAUGCUUCAGCACUUUUAAAUCAAGCAGAAUGUUGAGAAAUUCUAACAUUAUUAAUGAUAAAGCUUUGAGUGAUCAGUAUUAAAAGUUUUUGUGGUUUUGAUUAUGUAGUGAUAUAUAUAGAUUUGUCGUUUAUUUUAUAGUUUGGAGUGAAUAUUUAUUUAGACUCAUACACUGGAAGGGGUCCUGAAAGGUCAUCUAACUUGGUGAUUUUGAAACUUAAUUUUUUAAACUGAGAACCUUUUUUCCCUCCGCCUUGAAAUUUAAUCUUACACGAAAUCCCAGGAUAAUUGCUGAGAAGCUUUGGUUUACUUGGGCAGGGCCUGUGUCUAUGUGCAUUGACCCUUUCCCUUCUCUGUCAUCUACGUGGCUCUUGAGACACAGCCAAGGAGUCCCAGGGCCUGAAGGUGCGGGGUUUGGAUCUACCCGAUCCCUGUAAUCCAGUGCCAGAUUACCUUCAGACCAGUGUUUCCCCAAUUGUGGGUUGUAGUUAUCCAUCCACAUGAAAUCAAUUAACCGGCCAUGAGCAGGGUUUAAAAAAAUGAAAAGGAGAGAAAUAGUAUAGAAAACAUAAUUAGAAUAAGUAUUCUUUUGUGAAACUUAGUUCCAUAUGCAUACAUAUUUGUAGGUAUACAUGCGUAUGUAUAUUCUGAUGUAAAAUGUGUUUAUUACUGUGUACUUCGGGUCGCAGUUAAAGAAGUGAAAGCUUCCUCCCUUAGAAGGUUGCAGAGAGCCUUAUCCAUCUCUGUCUUUAAACUCUCCAGAGGAGAUUGUGUAGCCUGGGGAAGUGUUGUGAAAUAUCAUUUUUGUCAUUUCUUCAUAAAAUUUUUUUUUCAGAAGCUAUGGCAAUUUGAAUGUGUCUGUUGCUGGAAGGGAAGCUACUAAAUCGGUGACUACUAUCACCCUGUGACAUUACCUAUCCAACUUUAUUUCAUUGUUCUUCAUUGUCAAAGUACUACUGAAAGGGUAUUGUAAAUAGCUGCAGCAAUAUGUUUGAUUUCUAAGAGGAACUAUUAUCUUUUCAUAAUUAUAUAUCAUAGAAAUAAAGUGAUGUGUAUCAUUUCCUUGAAGAACAUUUUUUUCCUAAAUAAUUUCCUUCUCUAAAUUUUGAGGCUUUGUUUAUUAAAAGAUUGUGGGUGUUUAUAAGGCAUAGGAUUUCUCUAUUUUCUUGAUGAUAGGAAUACAGGAAUUUAUAGGCAAGGUGAAAAUAUUAAUUUAUGAAAUGCCAAGCAAAGCUAAGUGAGGUUGAGGUAUAUUUAAACUGUCCUGGAAAUAGUAAAUGAAGCUUUUAUACUCCCUUUCCCUUUUCUAUACCAUUUAAUUUUACAGGUUCUAGAGUGGCUAGUUUUGUGGGAUUUGUUCCUUUUUUAAGAUGUUGAAAACUACUGUCAAAUUAGUACCAUCAUUUAAGCUUUGAGUACUUGGUGGUCAUUACUUGGCUUCUGCAAUAAAUGUUAGCAAAUUCUUGAUGUUUCUCACUUUUGUGGUUUCUUUGCAGCUUCACUUUAAGCUGUGCUAUUUAUAUCCCAUUCCAUGUAACCAAAGUUCUGUCUUGAGGGAGUGCAGGAAAGAGAGAAGGAGAGUUGAGUGGGGGACUUGUUUCUUGGUGGUAAGCUCUAUAAUGGAGCAAUUGUUUAAAUCCGGCAAGCACACAAAGGACAGCUGUCUCCCUUAGGAUAUCCUUAAACUGUAUUUUGUUGUGAAAGGCACUUCUCCAAGAGACUUGCUUGAAGCUGUGUGGCUUCUUUAAUUGUGUGCAUAUUAUGAUUGCUAUCUCCCUUCCGGACCAACCUUUUAUGUUUGUUGGCCUUUAUAAUAAAUCAUAAGCAUGUAAGCUCUG